UUGUGAACCAGCACUAUGGUUCUGACCCUAUCUAUCGCCCAAGCCAAGACAGGUGCAGCCCAGGCUGGAGACCCCCUGAACCGGAACCCUCGAAGCUGGGAACCCUGUAAAGCUGCAGUUAAGUGGGGAAUGGGAUCUGGAAAGGACUUCCUGUUGUCCCUAAUCCCAGCCUCCACCGGGCUUCCCGGGCCCGUUCAGUUCUGGCUGCAGAGACCCGCUUCACCCCCAGGAGAGGGGCUCCACGGCACCCCAGUAUCCUGGCUAAAACCUGGCGGGGGCUUGACGAGCAGGGGAGAGAACCAUUUGCUGUUCUUCCUCGUUCUGAUACAGAAGAUGCCUGCAGACAGUAAAAGCAUCCUGGCUACGGAGAGCGAGGAGAGAACCCAUGUGGUUCCAGGUCCCGGGCAGUGCUGUGGAGACAUGCUCUCUGGGCAGGAGGAGACAGUACCCUUGGGACCCUCUCAGGAGUCAACACACAUUAAGGCAGAGCCAGAAGAACCACACCCUGAGGGGGCAUCACUGGAGGACAGGGCUCUAGGAACUCAGGGCUGGAUGCCCCGGAGUCCUAGCUCUAAGGAGAAAGCCCUGUUCCUGCCCAGGGGAGUUCUUCCUUCACCCUGGGUUCCUGUACUUUCCCGAGCGGGAAGGACCAGAGAACGGCAGGUGGCUGCAGCUCUCCUCACUGCCUGGUCCCAGAUGCCGGUGACCUUUGAGGAUGUGGCUCUGUACCUCUCCCGGGAGGAGUGGGGAAGGCUGGACCACACACAGCAACAUUUCUACAGGGAUGCACUACAGGAAAAAAGUGGUCUGGCUUUGGGGUUUCCGUUUAGCAGACCUUUCUGGGUCCCCCAGGUUCAGGGGAAGGGCGAGGUGGCAAGUUCCAGCCGACCAACAGGAGCUGAAGAGAGGCCAGGCCCUGGCUCAGGAGCUGUGGAAAUGGGGAAGGUGGUACCAACCCUAGCCAUGGCAACCCUAGGGGAUAAGAAACCCUUAAGGACCAGGGCCAGCUGGGCUCCAGGAGAAGAGCCACGGAGUGGUCAGCAAGUGGCUAGCGGCCUGGAUGCAAAGAUAGCCAGAGACGCUGGAGAAGCCAGGCAACCAAAGCCAUCCCCAUCCAACACAUGCCCUCUCAAGACCCCAGAGGAUGGUGGUCCAGAGAAGCCCAGUGAGGAGGAGGAGAAGAGUGUCCUGGAAAGUGGCAAGGAGGGUCUGAUCCCCGACGGUGAAACAGGCAAGAAGAUGUACACGUGCGCACAGUGCGGCAAGGGCUUCAGCUGGCACUCGCACCUGGUGACGCACCGGCGCACACACACCGGUGAGAAGCCCUAUACCUGCACGGACUGCGGCAAGCGCUUCGGCCGCAGCUCACACCUCAUCCAACAUCAGAUCAUCCACACGGGCGAGAAACCCUACACCUGCCCCUCGUGUUGGAAGAGCUUUAGCCACCACUCCACACUGAUCCAACACCAGCGUAUCCACACCGGUGAGAAACCCUACGUGUGCGACCACUGCACCAAGCGCUUCACCCGCCGCUCGGACCUAGUCACACACCAGGGCACGCACACCGGCGCCAAGCCACACAAGUGCCCUAUCUGCGGCAAGUGCUUCACUCAGAGCUCUGCUCUGGUCACACACCAGCGCACCCACACCGGCAUCAAGCCCUACCCAUGCCCGGAGUGCGGCAAGUGCUUCAGCCAGCGCUCCAACCUCAUCGCGCACAAUCGCACGCACACGGGCGAGAAGCCAUACCACUGCCUCGACUGCGGCAAGAGCUUCAGCCACAGCUCGCACCUCACUGCCCACCAGCGCACCCACCGCGGUGUGCGGCCAUAUUCCUGUCCACUCUGCGGCAAGAGCUUCAGCCGCCGCUCCAACCUGCACCGGCAUGAGAAGAUCCACACCACCGGACCCAAGGCUCUGGCCAUGCUCAUGCUGGGGGCGGCGGCGGCGGCAGGGGCGCUCACUGCACCCCCAUCUGCUCCCACUUAGAAGCCAGAGAACGAGCGAGCAGGGAGAACACCCAGGGAAGCUGGGUCAGUCCUCGCUGGUGCUAGGGUCCUGGGAAGACACUGUGUCCUAGCCAGUGGGAUGGACAAGGGUGAGGGCAGGAAGCUGUAAGGUGCCAGUGGUGGCAUCAGGUGGGCCAUGGGAGGAGAAGGGCAAGCACUCUAGCUGCAGAUUAAAGGCCUUGGAUUUUAA